AUGUCCACUACAGUCACUUUGACGGAGCCGUCGCAGUCUAGUUCUUGCAUCACUAGCCCUAAUGUUGGAGGUCCUAACGCCCUGCGUCUGGAUAGCCAGGACCCCAAGUAUGGGGACUUCAGAGAUGAUUUGGCGCGUGGCGGAUAUGCCGCGGUCAAAGGCGCCGUCCCGCGCGAAAGGGCUGUUCAGUACGCCAAUGACAUGUACACAUGGCUGGAAGGGUUUAACCUCGGAUACAAACGCGACGACCCGGCGACAGUCUCGAAAGACUCCCUUCCCGUGAUCAACGAGAAGGGUAUGUGCAUGCACUACUGCGUUGGCCACAAAGAUUUCGCUUGGGCUAUCCGAAGUGAGCCAAAAGUUAUCGAGGCCUUCGAGAACGUAUACGAUGAUCAGGAAUUGAUUGUUUCGUUUGAUGCCGUCAACUUCACUUUGCCGAACCGCACUGAUAUGCCCCCAACAAGGCUUGGCCUCACCAAGAUCAGGACCCCGAGAAGUCAGGCUUCCGCAGUCUGCAAGGCUUAG